UACACGGACCCGCUCUCCUGGGACCACCGCCGGAUUAUAGGUGUUUAUUUUCGGGGUUUGAAGCCUCCGCGGACACAAAGAGAGAACAUGCCCUGCCGGAGGUAACCGACCGCGGGCUGCUGCUGCCUCCUCAGCCGGCUGAAGGACGGGGCAGGACGGACAGACGCAGAUGGAGAGGUCGGGCAGGCUGCUGCUGUUGUCGGAGCUCCGCAUCAGAAACACCGCGUACGACGUGAGCCUGACCCGGUCCGUGCUCACCUGGAAGAGGCGGACCUCCAGCCCGGUGUACCACCCGUUCAGACCCAGUGUGCAUCACAGUGUGUCGGUGUCAGAGAUCAUCUCUGUCAGAGAGGAAGACGAGGAGAACAUCAGCAGACGAAGAGACGAUGGCAGCUGGAAAAAGAUCAAAGAGAGUGAAGGAAAGGACUGCAGACAGGCCUUCACAGUGUUGUACGUGGAGAGGUGUCGGCAGCACCGCUGGCGGUGUGCUGAGGUCACCUUCACGUGUCCAGAGGGGGCGCUGCGUCAACACUGGGUCAGCAGCAUCAGAGAGCAACUCGCCGCUGUCGCCAAUAGACCCAAACACCUGCUGAUCUACAUCAACCCGUACGGCGGGAAGCGACAGGGCAAACGCAUCUACGAGCAGAAGGUCGCCCCGCUGUUCGCUGCGGCCGGCGUCUCCACGGACGUCAUCGUGACGGAGUACGCCAAUCAUGCGAGGGAUCACCUGAGGACGGAGGCGGAGCUGAAGAAGUAUGACGGCGUGGUGUGCGUCGGAGGGGACGGCAUGUUCAGCGAGAUCAUCCACGGGCUGAUCUGGAGGACGCAGAUCGACGGCGGCGUGGAUCCAAACUGUCCGGAUGAAACGCUGCUGACCUGCUCGCUUCGCAUCGGAAUCAUUCCUGCAGGUUCAACAGACUGUAUCUGCUUCGCCACUGUGGGCACCAACGACCCCGUGACCUCUGCGCUGCACAUCAUAGUGGGAGACUCUCAGCCGAUGGACGUGUGCUCGGUUCACCACAACAACGCCUUCCUGCGAUACUCCGUCUCCCUACUGGGAUACGGUUUCUACGGCGACGUGCUAACUGACAGUGAGAGGAAGCGAUGGAUGGGACCGGCCAGAUACGACCUCUCAGGUCUGAAAAUGUUCCUGACUCAUCACUAUUACGAAGGAACGGUGUCCUACCUGCCGGCCAGGGGCAUCAUAGGAACGCCGCGAGACGCCGCCAGGUGUCGAUCAGGCUGUGCGGUUUGUCAGCACAACGGGCAGCUGCUAACCGAGAGAUCUGAGAAGUACGAGAUGGAUGAAACAUCAGACAGUGAGAGUGACGGCGAGUGGAGGACGAUCCGAGGGAAGUUCCUGGCUAUAAACGCUGCCAGUAUGAGUUGUGCUUGUCCUCGCAGUCCCAAAGGCCUCUCACCUGCCGCUCACCUGGCCGACGGCACCACCGACCUCAUCCUGGUCCGGAAAUGUUCCCGCUUCGAUUUCCUCAGACACCUCCUCCGACACACCAGCAAAGACGACCAGUUCGACCUGACCUUUGUUGAGGUCCACCGGGUGCGGCGUUUCCGCUUCACGCCGCGUCACUGCCAGAGCGACUCUGACCUGGAGCUGGACCUGCUGGGGAACGCGAGCAAACGCCAGAUCUUCAGCCAGAUCUGCCGAGACCACCCGGCUUGUGGCUGCGCCCCCGCCUACAGCUGCUGGAACUGCGACGGCGAGAUCCUGACCCACACCGCCAUCGAUGUCAGAGUGCACUGCCAGCUGAUCAAGCUGUUUGCGCGAGGGAUCGAAGAACCGGCGGUGUUCGAGGAUCUCGCCAACCCCUGUGCAAUAUAGACCCGCGUCCCCAUUAUUCCCUGUCCGACACUGGAGUCGUCUCUCUGUUUCCAGCCGCUGCCUACGACACUCCUGCCGUCAUCACGCAGCCGCUCAUCACAUCCUUCACCGGGACACUCGACAUCGUUUUACUUCCUGGGUUUAAAAGUACAAAAUGAGUUUCCUUAAAUCACCAUGAGCAGCUUUAAAUGUAUUUAAGAAACAAUCACAAAUCUAUAGACACGUAAAGAUUCAUCCUCAGAUUCUGGAUUUGUUGAGAGUGACGCUGGGGGUGUUUUGGUGUGAACAGCUGAAUGGUCGCUCGGUGUCUGGCACCUGAUUUGUUUUAAUAUCGAAGUCCAGUCCUGAAACUGAGACCUGCUCUCAAUGACAGUGAUUUUUUUCUCCGUAUGACUUGAUGAUCUUGACGUAACAAAUGUCGCAUGUAGCAGUGAUGUAACGUGUGGGGGGGGAAAAGGUCAAAGCAACAUGGACUCAUUGCAUGGCUGUGUUGGUGUUUUGACUAGAACUCAUAUUGUGGCAGUUUGGACUCUGAUCUGUCCUGACUCAGACUUGUCUCGGCCUGGUGGGUGUCUGGACUCGGACUUCUGAGUCUGAGUGUUGUGGGGUUUUUAAUUCGGGCUUGUAAUGAGACAGACUUGUUUUGGUCUCAUACGUGUCUGGACUCUUGAGUCUUGUGGGUGUUUUUCGACCUGGAUUUGUUCUGACUCGGACUCGUCUGGAUCUUGUGAAUGUUGACGCUGAGACUUGUAACGAGUCUCACGUGUGUCCUGACUCAGUCCGGUCGUGGUGUAACGGGUGUUUUGACUUGUUUCUGUCUCGGCCACAAGUCUGACCUGUUACAGUCUUCUGUCUUGACCAGGCUGCUGUCAGUCAGAUGUAAAGUGGUCUCAACUGCAUUUAUUCAGCAUAUAUGUAGAUUAGAAACUACUACAUAAAUCUUAGCUUGUUGCACUUUUUAAAUAGUUUUAAUUAUUUUAAAUAUUAAAAAAAAAAUUGAAUUAUCUGUUACAUGUUUAGAGGAUGCCAGACACCCUUCAGUCAUUCCCAGGGUCAGUCAUGUGAUCACAAGGGGUUCAUGAAGUGUAGAAGGUAAAUCUCAUGCACAUGGUCAGUACUUGGAAAGGAAACUUAAUGCUGACAGGUGAUUUAUUUUCAACUGCUGAAUUUUCCUGUAACAGUCACCGUCUAUGUUCUUCAGCUGUCUGAGUGUUUCUGUUUCGUUCUGCUUCUCAAACACAUCCAUUAGUGCUGACUCCGUGUUUUCAUCGUUCCUCAGGAAGACCUGAGCUUCAAUCGUAGCUAUGAAUUUGUAUUUUUACUUGUACUAAUUCCCAGCAAUUUAGAAGGAAAAAAAAAAAUAUGAAAAAUCUCAAAUUUUAAUUUUAGUCAAGAAAAAGUCGUGUCAGUCAAGCUGGUCGUGGCUGAAUAAGCCGAACAGCACACACAUGAAUGUUUUUAAUCCUCCAUUUCUCCUCGAUAUGCAAUUGAACUCAGUCGGCGCAAAGGAAAUCGUCUUAAGAGUGACUGCUUUAACACUUAAACUGUGCAGAUAUUCUGUCUUCAAAAUGAGCUGUAGCUUCAGUUUACUCUCAGUGUAAUGUGAUGAUCCGUCCAGUUAAUUUAGUCUCAUAAAACCUCGAGAUAAUCAUCUGAACCUUCCACAAAUCAAGGAUAACAAUUCAACAGGCACUAACAUGUUUCAGCAAACAAAUGGCUUCAGAACUUUAUUUUUUUUUCUACCUUUUCAAAGUUCAAAUAUAUGUAUUUGGAUGGUUGUUACAUACCUCACAACGAGAUACACUACAUGGCCAAAAGUAUGUGGACAGCGAGGCAAGGCAAGUUUAUUUACAUAGCGCCAUUCA